CUGUAGCAUCAACGCCUCUUCCAUGACGAGCCCUCACUAUAAGCCACUCUUCCACGAUGAAGACACUUGCAUCUGUUGCUGUCUGGCUUCAAGGCUAUCACGGUUGUCUCGCGUCUUCUUUCUACCCUGACUGAGCCCCAGCAUCCUCUCUACCGCAUCGCAGCAAUGCCCUUCCCCUCACCCUUCCCUACUCUUGACAUUCCAAAAUGCAAUCUGCUAGAUUAUCUAUUCCCUCAGGGAGCAGUUCCUUCCGACACACCAAUUUGGAUUGAUUCCAAAGAUACCGACCAGCAUCUCACACCACAAUCGUUGCUACAAUGGUCGAAACGGCUGGCGUUGGGUUUGGAUCGCAUUGGGAGCAAGCCGGGCGAGGUGGUCAUGAUCUUCACCCCAAACCACAUCUUCGUUCCCGUGGCCUACCUUGGAAUCGUGGGAUCCAAGCGAAUCUUCAGCGGCGCAAACCCAGCAUACACCGUCUCUGAGAUGAUACAUCAAGUUGCAAAUACAGAAGCAAAGUUUAUCCUCGCGCAUCCAACAUUGAUCAAAGCAGCCGUAGCAGCAGCCAAGGGCGCAGGCCUUCCAGAAGGACGUGUCCACCUCUUCUCAGACGAGCCCUGCGCACCGGUCGAGGGCUGCAAAGACUGGAGAGACAUGUUGCCGUCCCCGGCGGAAAGCAAAACAUACCGCUUCCCGACCUUGUCUGCGCAUGAAGCAGCAACAACCACAGCUACAGUCAACUACUCUUCCGGCACUACCGGGCUGCCCAAGGGCGUCGAAGUAAGCCACUACAACCUCAUCGCGAACCUGGAACAAACCAUCUUCAUGCGGUAUCUUAACAAGCCAUGGAACGCAGACACUCGGCCUCGGGAGACAUGGAUUGGCUUUCUACCUUUGUACCACGCGUACGGCCAGCUUUACACCAUCGCCAUGGCCCAGAAGCUCCAGAUACCCUGCUUCAUCAUGAAGAAGUUUGAAUAUGAAGAGUUCCUGCGGGUGAUCCAGACGCAUAAAGUCACACACCUGCAAGUCGCGCCGCCGAUCAUGGUCAUGCUCAGCAAGAGGCCAGAGACGUCCAAGUAUGACCUGAGUAGUGUGACUGAUAUCUUAUGCGGUGCUGCACCGUUAUCAAAAGAGCUCCAGAACGAGAUCAGCAAGAAGCUGCAGUGUGAGAUCGUACAGGGCUGGGGUAUGACGGAAGUCACCUGCGGAGCCAUACAUGUGCCGGGAGGUACCGUAGACGACUCUGGAAGUGUGGGUCAACUGGACCCGAAUUGCGAAUGCAUGCUUCUUGACGACGACGGCAACGAAGUCCCCGAAGGACAACCAGGCGAGCUUCAUGUCCGCGGUCCCAACAUAUGUCUCGGCUACUGGCGCAAUCCAACCGCAACUAAAGAGUCCAUAUCGCCAGAUGGAUGGCUCAAGUCCGGUGAUGUUGCCGUGGUAAAGAAUGGAUGGUUUUGGAUAGUCGAUCGGAAGAAGGAACUCAUCAAAGUGAACGCCCUCCAAGUCGCACCCGCAGAACUCGAAGCUGUGCUCCUCGAGUUCGAUCCCGUUGCCGACGCAGCUGCCGUUGGUAUCACGCUUGAUGGCCAAGAAUGGCCGAGGGCUUAUGUGGCGCUCAAGGACGAGUACAAGGGCAAGACUACGGCGGAGGAUAUCCAUGCGCAUAUGAAGAUCAAGGUUGCGAAACACAAACAGCUUGUUGGCGGAAUCACGUUUGUGGAUGAGGUGCCCAAGUUGCAGAGUGGGAAGAUUAUGAGGAAGGUUGUUAAGGAGUGGGCGAAAAGAGAUGCUGAGAAGAUGGGUAAAGCUAGGUUGUAGACAGCGCUCAAAUGCCCAACUAAGGGGCCAAUUGCAUCCGCACAUGCAUCCAUUGGCAGUGCUAGGUUAGGUUGCUCGAUUGUCAGAUACCAUGUGAACUCGAUCAAAGUAGACAAUCAGUAACCGCGCGAAGAUCCAUCAGGCUCGAGCAUGAGGACCUGGUACAGAAACCUUCUCAAUGCCUGAUCACCAGGUCUCAAGUCCGAAUCAGAUGUUGCAUGAAUCAAGCUGCCGACUACAGAUUGCUUU